AUGAGAACGCCUCGACCUGUCCAUAAAGCAGUUUAUUCGCAUGUUUACCCUGAAAAGGCACCUGAUCCAGUAUUACUAGCGAUCUCGACACCAGCUUGUGAAAAACUGGAGCUAAAUCCAGUUGACAUUAAGGCGGAUCGCCAGAAGGAAGAAGAAUUUGUUUCUAUUUUUUCAGGGAAUAAAAUACUUCCAGACACACGGCCUUGGUCACUCAACUACGCAGGCCAUCAAUUUGGUUUCUUUGCGGGUCAGUUGGGAGAUGGAAGAGCCGUUUCUUUGUUUGAGACGAUGAAUUCUAAAGGAGAGUCCUGGGAAGUGCAAUUGAAAGGUGCUGGACGUACACCCUACUCUCGUUUUGGAGAUGGUUAUGCUGUAUUGAGAUCUAGCAUCAGAGAGUUCUUGAUGUCGGAGCAUAUGAAUGCUUUGGGUGUUCCUACAACACGAGCACUAGCAUUGAUCGCAACGAGCAGAGAAGUCAUAAGAGAAGAUGGCCCAAGAGGACUGGAGCCUGAAAGGGGAGCAGUUGUAACUCGUAUGGCACCUUCGUGGCUUCGAUUUGGUAAUUUCGAGCUUUUUUAUUCAAGAGAUGAUAUGGACAAUGUACGUAGAUUGGCAGACUAUGCCAGUGAAAACGUAGUAAAGGACGAGGCGAAGGGUAGUGGAAAUAAGUACACAAGACUUUUUCGUAAUGUUACCAAGCGCACGGCGGAAAUGGUAGCAGAAUGGCAAGCUAUUGGGUUUAAUCAUGGCGUGAUGAAUACGGAUAAUAUGUCAGUUCUCGGAUUGACCAUGGAUUAUGGACCCUUUCAGAUUAUGGAUUACUACGAUACGAAUUAUGUUUGUAAUCAUUCGGAUGACAUAGGGCGUUAUGCUUUUCAGCGCCAACCUUCAGUUUGCCUUUUCAAUUUGGUCAAGUUAGCAGUACCUUUAUUUGAACUUAUCGGGGCCGAGGGAGAAGUUGAUCAGCUUGUUUUCCCCGACAAAGAUAAUGAAACAAAAGAAGGAGUGACAGAUGAGGAAACUUUAACGAAAUAUCGCCAAAAUGGAAAAGAGAUUGUUCAGCAACUGCUGAAUGAGGAAUUCAAGGACUAUUUUAUGGAGCACUAUGUCGAAAAAAUGAGGCAAAAGCUUGGAUUAAAAGAUAGCGUUGCCUCUGAGACUGAUUUCAAAGAUGUCAUUGUUCCAUUGCUAGCGUGGAUGACGGACUAUCAUGUCGAUUAUCAUCGCUUUUACAGAUCACUGAGUAACUACCGAAUAACAGCCGAGGGCGAGGAAGUAGAUGGCGAUAGGGCCAUUGGCGAAUGGAUUGAUAUUGUAACUGAGCUUGGUGAGAAUACCGAAGCAUGCGCUAAUGCUUUGAAGCCCUGGUUAUCCAUUUAUCGACAUCGUUUGUUAAAAGAAAGAUCAGAUGACAAAGAACGUAAACAGAGAAUGGAUGCAGUGAAUCCUCGCUUCGUGCUAAGGAAUUUUAUAGUCGACAGGGUCAUUGAGAGCUUCGACAACGAUGAUGAGCACGGAAAAGAAUGCUUAGAGGCAUGCCUUGAAGCUUGCAUCCAUCCUUACAGAGACCAUUAUGAAGAUCAGAGGGUUGAAGAAUGGAUCAACGCAGCAGUGCCAGCGGAAGAUUAUAGAUGCUCCUGCAGUUCCUAA